AUGAAGAAGCCUACCUUUCCAAGGAGGUUAUACACAAGAGGGGCUGAACCGGAAGCCCAAAAGAGCAUCUCCUACGGCAGCAACGACAAAAAGCUAUUUGCUGCCGUGAAAAAACUACUGAGUGAUGCCGAGUGGGAAACACUAUGCGACUCGCGAGUUGGUGUCUUCUGCAAGUUUCACGACCUCGACUUCGCGUGGUCUUCGAAGUUGGUCCACACGAUGCUCUCAUAUCAGUUAGAGUGCAAGAAGAAGUAUGAGAUCUGGGUUGCGGUUGCGGAUAGCCCAAUUAGAUUUUCCCUCCAUGAGUUUGAGCAUCUCACCGGCCUCAACUGCGACUAUGUGGAAGAUAUUGAUGACCCCAAGUGCAAGGUUACUCUAGAGAUGAGAGCAUUCUGGGAGAAGCUCGGAGUAGAUGUUGAGCUUGGUCCGAGUCAAGUGGAGAUCAUUCGUGCAUGCGAAUGGGCAACAUACUGGCCGAGUGAGGACAAACUUAGACUUGGUUACUUGGGCAUCUACACUGGCUUCAUUGCUGCUCGGAAAAACACCUCGUACACUCCUGUCAACCUGGAAUCCUCAAGGUGUUCUGGUGAAGAAUCCUAUACCCCGGAGUCUGCGAAGAGGAAAAGAGCCUCUGCCCCUGGAGAUGAAAUGCAGAAGAGGCAGUGUCCUGAGAGCGUAUCCUCUGCUGAAGAUGGCUUCAGUCGCUUCGAGGAGAAGAUGAAGGAAGGUGAUCCGCAUAGAAAAAACAGUCCAGUCUAUGCAAGCAGCAUCAAGGCGUCCAAACACCAACCUGUGGAACCUGACGCAGAUAAUGAGAAGAACGAGCCGUCUGUUGAAGAUGGUCGAGCCGAGGAGAAGGCUGCGAAGGAUGCUGCUGUUUCGGAGAAGGAUGCGAAGGAUGCCACUCCCAGGAAGGAUGCUACAGUCUCGGAGAAGGAUGCCACUCCCAAGAAGGACGAGUCGUCAGGUGAAGAGGAGGAGGAGGAGGCUGACAUCGGCGAGAAGAUUGGCGAUAACUCCACCGAGAAGGCUGCCACUCCUAAGCAGAGAAAAGCUCCAGCUCGGGUUAGUAACAAACCCUCUCCUACUAUGAAGAAAAAUCAGCCUGCUGAACCUACUAGGAUCCUUCGAAAUAGGAAGCAGAACCCCAAGUACAAGCAGUAG